AUGAUAGCUUCACUUGGCACUAAAGAAGAAGUCCAACAAACAUCCACAGAAUAUCACUACCUUUCGUCACAAUCUCAUCCAUACUACUAUUCUGUACCGUUUAACGAUGAUUCGAAUAAUCCUCAUCAUUAUCGUCCAUCAAUCUAUGAAACAAAUCAGUACUAUUCACUAUCGAAUCAAGAAUGCAAUCAUUAUUUCAAUGAUAAAGAUCUAACUAACUAUAGAUCAACUUACUAUCAACACUAUUCUCCAGAAGAACACGCCAAUGAUUCAGCAUAUCCAUCGAAAGUUUCUGGUUAUCAUUCGAUGUCAACAUAUGAUUAUACUCCGCCAUCUUCGAACUGUGUUCUUCCAUUGAAUUCUGGAUUCAAUCAACAUCUAUCCUAUGCACCUUUAGCCGUGGAAUCCGUGAAUUGUAAUACAGACGAGAGUACAAAUUAUUCCACACCCUACACAUCAUCGGAUGGCAUUUGUCGAUCAGAUUCUGUAUUCGUUGAACUUCUCAAUCGGCCAUUAUGGUUAAAAUUCGCUGCACAUACCCAUGAAAACGUCGUGACUAAACCCGGCCGUCGUAUGUUUCCGAUCCUUGAGUUUAAGGUUUCUGGUUUAAAACCCGAAGCAACAUACGAGAUCUGCAUAGAAAUGGUUUUACUCGACUUGAAUCAUUGGAAAUUCAAUUCCGGUAAAUGGAUUGCAUCUGAACAGAGUGAACCAGGCCCGAAAAACAGUCAUCGUUAUCUACAUCCUGAUUCACCGAGUAGUGGAGAACAAUGGAUGAAAAGUUCUCGAAUUUCUUUUUCGAAAUUAAAACUAACAAACAAUAAAAAGUUAUCUACAGGUCAUUCGCAAAAUCAAAUGCCAUUGCUCCUCAAUUCGAUGCAUAAAUACAUUCCUCGUUUGAGUAUUAUUCAGACGAGCACUGAACCGAAUGAUACAUUAUCGUCACUACCUAAAUAUACAUUCACCUUUCCGGAAACACAGUUUAUUGCUGUAACAGCUUAUCAAAAUACUGAUAUUACACAGCUGAAAAUCGAUAAUAAUCCAUUCGCAAAAGGCUUUCGUGAGAAUGCUGAUAAUCAAUCUAUGUAUAGUACGUACCCAUAUAGUCAAGUGUCGCCAUCGGAUGAUCAUCGAAGUAAUGCCAGUGAAAAUGAUCGCGAAAAUGUAUACGAACAUUUACAUUUACCGAAGAAAAGACGACAUUAUUGA